AUGCGCUUCAUCAUACCUUUCCUCACUGCUGCCGGCCUUGCCAGCGCCGGACUGCUAGAAACUAUUGUCAAGAGAGAUGACUACUGGGGUGGCAGCGUCUCGCUCGGUCCCUCCAAGUCGACCAUCGUCAACGCCGUCACGACGUUGAUCCCCGGAGCUGCCCCAGAGACUCAGAACGGCGUGCUAUUCCUCUGGCCUGGUAUGUCCAACGGAACCGGCGAUCUGGUCCAGACUACCCUCGAAAGCUGGCCUGACAACUCGUGGUGCGGAGCAACCUCCGGCCAGUGGUGUGUACGCGCCAGUGUCUUUGGCAGCUUUGGCCAGCUUGACGGCUCUGGAUCACCCGUGAGCGGAACCGACCAGGUGCGGAUUGAGUACAACCUGGAGUCUGAUGGACAGACCUGGAAGCAGACCGUCACAAAUGGCCAGACUGGUGCCCUGCUUUCAACUUACUCCCACGAAUCCGGACCCUACAUGCGAGGAUACGGCACCGGAACUGAGUGUAACGACAACUGCUCGGGAACUAUCGCUGCACAGAAAUACGUGAACACGGUUAUUACUCUCGCCUCGGCUGAUACUACUUUCGGCUCGACGAUUGCUAGCGCGGGUGGUGCUACGUAUACCGCAGUUUCAUCUAGUCAGGGUGGAAAGGUGUGGACUAUCAAGCAGAUUGAUAUUCCCUCAAUGCAUUGAGUGACGGUCGAGAAAUUUGUGUUCGAGUGAUUGCAUUGCGAGUAUAAGUUGCCGACGUGGUUUCGUUUUACGAGAUUCAUAUAUGAAGGCUAUACUGGGAAUAACCGUCAAUUGUUCAACGAAUUAACCGCUUUUAUAAUCGAUAUCCCACUUCAAAUGCAUGCAUAUUUACAAAACUUCAA